AUGCAAUAUCAACUAUCCUUGCUUGUCAUUCAACGCUGUGCUGCCGUGUGCCAGGUGACCGUGGCGCCGCUGCCGACGGAGGUGUUUGGGCAGGGCAGCCAGCACACGUGGCCGCUGCGGCGCAUCGACAAAGUGGUCAACCAGGCCGAGGUGGCGGAGCACGCGGCGCGAGAGAUGCUCAAGCUGCCGGCCUCACUGCGCCUGGAGCCGCUGAAGCUGUCAGGCUCAGCAGUGCUGCAGCUGGCGGCGGGCGCCAAUUUGCCGGAGAGCACCGUGGAGGUGCUGAGCGGCGCGGGCCAGCGGAUGUCGCGCGCCCUCAUCGCGGGUCACAGGCAGUCGCUGCGCCUGGUACAAACCCUGUACUACCUAGGGCCAGGCUCCUGGGGCCCGGACGACGAGGGGGCGGCAGCCGACGCAGCGGCCCCUGCGACCUUGACUGCUGCUGGCGCCGAGGGCGAGGGCCAGCAGGAGCGGCAGCAGGACAGGCAGGAGGAAGAGGAGAGUGGUGCCGCCGCCGCCAAAGGCAAGGGGCGACGCGGCCGCAAGCGGAAGCAGGAGGACCAGGACGGCGCGGGCGCUGGAGGCGGCGGCGGCAAGCGCACGGCGACGGAGGGGGCGGAGGCUGAAGCGGAGCAGCGCACUGGCGGCGACCGCGGUGGGUCUAGCAAGGGCCGCGGGAAGGGUGGAAGGAGCAGCCGCCGAGCUGCAGCGGCAGCCGAGGAGGCGGACGCGGCUGGUAGCGAUGCUGGAGACGCAGCUGCUGAGGACGCCGCGGGUCAAGAAGGCGAGGCAGCAGCAGGGGCCGCAGAUGGGGGCGGCAGGGGCGGCGAUGCCAAGCGGCGGCGCGGAAAGAAUGGGAAGAGCACGGAGGUGUCGGCGGAAGCUGCCCCAACAGGAGCGUCGAGCGGCGGCGGCGGCAGCAGCGGAGUCAGCGGGAGCCAGGACCUGGCGCCGCUGCCAGGAGCCGAGGUUGUUCUGCGCGUGGAGAACAAGACCCCCAGCCACGACCUCUUCUCGUUCCACAAGCUCAAGGGCGGCCUCAUGCGCGCAGGGCGCUACGUGCUCGAGUACUCCCUGCUGCCGGACGUCCCUGGUGGGCGCACCCUGGGCCGGCGCAAGCGGCUGCAGGUGGCGCCCGGGGCGGCCGCCAGCUUUGACAUUCAGGGCGAGGGCCGCGCUGCCGCCCAGGCGCGCCCGCUGCUGCUCGGCGAGGCGCUGCCGCCGCUGCGGGUCGCGUUCCGGGACUCGGUGGGCAACGCCGCCGAGAGGCUGCCGCCGCCGGCCACGGUCACGCUGGAGGUCCUCAGUGGCGGCCUGCAGGCGGGCGGCGCGGUGGUGGACAAAGAGGAUGGAUGCCUCGUCAUCAGCGGCCUGCGCAUCGUUGGUGCCCCCGGCACGUCCGGCGGCCUCUCCAUCUUCCGGCCAGCCAAGGCGGGCAGCAGCAAGGAGGCCGCCGGUGCCGGCAGCCCGACGGGCGCGCAGCUGGACACGCUGGCUGCGCAGGCUGUGGCGCCUGCGGAGCUUUUCCUGGCUGUCCAUGUGCCCGACCUUGUUUCUCAGGGUUUCCCUCUCCGCGUGCGGCCGGGCGCGCCUCAGUCUAUCCGGCUGCUGCCCGGCCACCCUUUCGCCGAGGCGACGGCAGUGCCCGGGCCCGGCGGCGACGGCGGGGUCGCCCUUGCGGGCGGUGGGGCAGACGCCGCGGCGGCCGGAUCUGACGAGGAGAUUGUGCAGUCGACGCCGCUCGAGGGACGCGCCGCUGGGCCUGCGGCGCCCGAGGCGGCCCAGCAGCAGCCCAGCCAAUCGGGCAGCGGCCGAGGCGGCGGCGGCCUCGUCGUCGUCACCAGCGGCGACGCGCUCCCGGAGUUCCAGGCGAGUCCCAUCCCCGCCAAUCACCCGUCGCCCCUGCAAAUGAGCCCCGCCCUGCGGCGCACUGAAGCUGUGCUCGUUUUGGACGCGUGGGGCAACCCCACAGCGCCGCCCCCUGAGCUGCCAUUCCAGGUGGCGGUGGCGUCCACGGGCCUCGACCCGGACCAGGGCCUGUUUGCCGUGGACGCACGGGGGGUCGCCCUCAUAUCAGAACUGGCGGCGCACCGCACAGACGCCACCCCCGCUGCCACGCAGCAGCCGUCCCAGCCGCCCGCCGCCGACGGCUGCGCGCCCCAGAUCCACCGGGUCCUCAUCUGGCCCCAGGUCGCGUCCCUGCCGGCCCCCUCGUCCGAGGGGAUGGCGGGUGUCGGCGCGGCCGACGGGGACGCGGCGCCGCCCUCUGCAGAAGAGGAGGCGUUGGCAGUCGCGGUCGCGGCGCAGGCCGCGUACGGCCCCGGCCUGGCGGCGGCGGUGGGGGCGGCGGCGCGGUCGACGCGGCUGAGGGUCGGGGUGCUGCCGUCAACAAUGCCGGCCAAGCUCAUGUUUGUCUACCAGGGCGAGGUGCUUCAGAUGGUUGAGGAGCCGUCGGAGGAGGACGGGGAGCCCUCCAUCGUGUGGGUGCUCCACGGGCGCCCUGGGCUGGAGGCCGGCGGCCGUGCGCAGGGGCUGGCCCUGAGGUGCCUGGACGAGGUCGGGCGGCCGUCGCGGCCCAUCAAGGGGCGGCUGCAGGUGUCGUGGGCCAAGGGCACCAGCAAGCGCGCCCUGGGGGGCGAGGACGUGAAGCUGCCGCCCUUCCCGCUGCCAGAGGUGGCGGGGGAGCCAGUCCCCGCCUUUGUGAGGUUCAACGGGGACUCCAAGGACUUCCCAGGCAUGAGCCUGGAGGUGAACCUGCGCGUUGUGCCCUCCGCGGGGCCGCCCGCCUCCUGGAGCAUGUCCCUGGUCGAGUACGCGCGUGGGGCGCAGGCGGCAGCAGACGCCGGCGGGGCUGGCGAGGAGCGGGACCUGUCGGUGGUGGCGUGCGGGCGGCCCUUCUAUUUGGAGGUACAGGCUCUGGACAGGUUCACCAACAAGUGCGACCUGCCCCGUGAGGAGCGUCCGGAGCCACAAGUCACUGCAGUUCACGAAAAUCCGUCAGCGCCGCUGCAGCUGGAGCACAAGCACAAGUGGAGCCAGACUCAGGCCGGCACAGACGCCUGCCAGAUAAAGCUGUUCAUGGCAGGGCCGGUGGGCAAAGUGAGGCUCCUGGUCAAGGACGCGGCCGGGGAGGGUGGCGCGGCGCGGCUGGCGCCGGACGAGCUGACGGUCAACCUGACCGCGGGGCCGCCCGCAGGGCUGGCCUUUGACGGGCCCGCGCAGCUUCAGUGUGGCACCCGCGGCGUGCUGGGUGACCUGCGCCUGAGGGUCCUGGACUCGUGGGCAAACCUGGUGGAGGGGGGCGCUUUUGAGGUGGCUCUCAACGGCUGCGCGCUGCCCGCAGAGGAGGGCGCCGCGGCCGCCAAGGUGGCGGCGUCUGGCAGCAACAGGGCCAAGGUCAAGGCGGGCGCGGCGGUCUUCAAGGGGGUCAAGCUGGCAGCGGAGGCGCCGGGAUCCUAUAUGCUGCGCGCUGGCAGCGCGACCCGCAAGGUGGCCGUGCAGGACGCCGUCGUGACGGUGCAGGUGGUGCAGCAGAACUUUGUGUCUGGCCUAGAAGUCGCGGCCAGGGCCCUCCCUGAGGCCGGCUGCGAGGUCGGAGGCAGCCACACCCUGCAGGUGGACGUGCACACCGAGGACGGCGCAGCCCUGCCCUGGGACGCCGCUGCCGCCGGCCUGCAGCUGCGCCUCGUCCCCAUCCGUGGGCCAGACGCGGGCGGCAGCGGCAGCAAAAGCGGCGCUGCUGCGGCUUCUGCGGAAUCCGUGGUUCUGCUGCCCGACGAGGAUGCGACCAAAGCCGCAGUAGCCGCAGCCAUGGCUUCCAUGCCCGGCGCGGAAGUCGACGAGGCGGCUGCUGCGGCGGUGGCGGCCGCAGCGCGCUGCGUGUGCUUCGUGACGCACCCGCUGGUUGUGGCGGGGCGGUACCGCGUGACAGCAGAGUUUACUGAGACGCGGGCAGAGCUGCUGCAGGCGUUGUCAAAGGCGGACCGAAUGGUGCGCAGCCCGACCGUCGAAUUUGCCCUGGCGCCCGGCGCGCCUGAGGCGCUCUGCGUCGAGGGGCCCUCCGCCCAGGCGACCUCGGCGGCUGUCAGCAACGGCGCGGAGCAGGGGCACAGGCGGCUGCUGAAGCAGGUGGCCGUCCAGCUGGUGGACACGCACGGCAACGCCACCCCACUAGCGGGCGUGAGGGUCAAGUGGCAGCUCGCGGCCGCAGGAGACGCAGGCGUGGCGCCGGGGCUGGAGUGCGAGGCGGGAGCCGUCCGGGCAGAGACCGACGAGCGCGGCCGCGCGUUCUUCGGGGACGUCCUCGUCAGCGCGGGGACGGGGCGCGUGGAGCCUGGCAGCAGCACGGGGCUGGAGUGCGAGCUUGUGCUGUACGCCAAGCUCAAGGGCACCGGCGUCAACGGCAGCAGCUGGGUGGCGUGCUGGCGCUGCGGGGUGCUGUUCACUGACGACUCGGCGCGCGCAGAGGCACUGAGGGCCCUCCAGUCGGAGCGCGACGCCCUGCAGCAGCGGCUGGCGGCGCUGAGGGAGCGCCGCCAGGAGGCCGCGCAGCGCGUGGAGGGCAGCCGCAAGGAGGCGCGGUCGGCGGCGCGGACGGUUGAGCGGUGUGCCAAGCAGCUCAGGCUGCCCGACGUGCCCGCCACCGCCAAGGACGCGGCGGCCGCGCUGCAGGCACGCCGCGCCGAGGCUGCCGCGGCGGAGGAGAGACCCCAAGGCCUGGACCCCCUGUGA